UCAAAGUUUCAUGCCUAAAUUGCAAUUGCCAACUCUUCCAAAGUUCUUCCUCCUACCCUCCUACUACUACUUCUCCCCUAUCUAGCUCCAAAUUUUCAGUUGAUCUAUUCAUUUGGUUGCAACUGAUUGAUGGGUUUUACCUCGGUAUUUCUGUCCUUUAUCAUUUUUCUUCUUCUUCUCUGGUGCAGCAGCUGCAUGAGUUUGCCACAAUAUUUACAAACAGGAGGAUCAAAUGGAACAGAUCGGCUAGCCUUGUUAGCCAUCAAGGCUAGCAUAACCCAUGAUCCCUUUCAUGUUCUGAGCUCCUGGAAUGACUCAGUCUCCUACUGCAAGUGGCCAGCAGUCGUAUGUGGCGGUCGCCGCCAUCCAAAUAGGGUCAGAGUCACAGCCUUGCGUUUAUCAUCCUGUGGGUUGGUGGGUUCCUUGGCUCCAGAAAUAGGAAACCUCAGUUUCCUUCGAGAGAUUAACCUCGAAAACAAUAGCUUCCAUGGCGAAAUCCCUCAUCAAGUAAGCUUUCUUUCCAGGCUUCGUUUUUUACUCCUACAACACAAUACAUUUGGAGGGGAAAUCCCACCCAACAUAUCAAGUUGCUUUAACCUAAUACAACUCAAUUUAACUUCCAACAAUCUUGUUGGGAAAAUUCCUGUAGAACUUACCACCUUGCCAAAGUUUCAAUUCAUUUCAUUAGAAAUUAACAGAUUAACUGGACAGAUCCCACCUUCCUUUGGGAAUCUUUCUUCUCUUCGUGCCUUGUACAUAGCACUAAAUAACUUUACUGGAACUAUUCCAGAUGCCCUUGGCCAAAUGAAAAGAUUAGUGAUUCUCUCACUUGGUGCUAAUAACUUAUCUGGUACUAUCCCUCCCACUAUAUAUAAUCUUUCCUCCCUUGGUUCUUUUGAUGUUGCAAUAAAUCAACUUCAUGGGAGUCUUCCAUCAAAUAUAGGCCUCACUCUUCCUAAUCUAUGGCGGCUUGCAUUUUAUACAAACAAUUUUCAUGGACCAAUUCCAGUUUCUCUGUCCAAUUUUUCGAAACUCGAAAAACUUUUCGCUUUCGAAAAUUAUCUUACUGGGAAAGUGGCUAUUCAUUUUGGAGGACUAUCAAAACUCUUUAAACUUUCAUUGUCUUCGAAUCAGUUUGGAAGUGGAGAGGUUGAUGACCUGAAUUUUGUCAAAACAUUGACAAACUGUAGUAGUUUAAAACUUUUGGAUCUUGCUGAUAAUCGGUUUGGUGGUGUGCUCUCCAACUUUGUGGCAAACUUAUCGACCCAACUGAAAACGGUCUCAAUGGAAGCAAAUCAAAUAUCUGGAGAUAUCCCAGUGGGGAUAGGGAACCUUGUAGGUUUACAAUACUUUGGCCUAUCUAAUAACUUACUAGAAGGGAGUAUUCCAACUUCAAUUGGAAGACUUCAGAUGCUACAUGCACUCUAUUUAGAAGGGAACAGGUUGACAGGGCCAAUCCCUUCUUCUCUUGCAAAUUUAACAAUAUUGAUUGAGCUUGAUCUAAGUUCUAAUCGAUUGCAAGGAAAAAUACCUUCAAGUCUUGGAAAAUGCAAAAAUUUGUUACGCUUGAUUCUUUCCAACAAUAGUUUCGAUGGUAUCAUCCCCAGAGAAAUAUUUGAUGUUUUCACAUUACUAGAGCUACAGUUGGGUAGAAAUUCUUUCUUUGGUUCUCUACCUUUGGAGGUGGGUCGAUUGACUAAUCUUGGAAUCUUAAAUGUUUCUGUAAAUAUGCUCUCUGGGGAAAUCCCUAGCACCUUUGGUGCUUGUACAAGCCUAGAGUACCUUUUGAUGGGGGAUAAUUUAUUUCAAGGAUCUAUACCGUCGUCUCUGAGUUCUCUAAGAGGCCUUCAAGAUUUAGAUCUUUCACACAAUAACUUCUCUGGUUUUAUCCCAAAAUAUUUGGGUAUAUUUAAGUUCUUACAAAAGCUAAAUUUGUCAUUUAAUCAUUUGGAGGGUGAGGUAUCAACAGAUGGGGUCUUUGGAAAUUUGAGUGCAGUUUCAGUCAUUGGAAACAAUAAACUUUGUGGAGGUAUACCAGAACUUCAUUUGCUAGCAUGCCAAACUCAAAAGUCAAAAGAAGAUGGUAGGCCUCAUGCUAUCAAGUUGAUAGUCAUUAUAUGUGUUUGUGGGGGCUCUCUAUGUUUGAUUUCUAUGGCGAUUUUUUUCAUUAUCUGCCGGAGAAGGAAAGAACAAAAAGAAUCCACUUUACUUUUGAUAGGGGAUCCUCAUUUUAAGAUCUCUUAUGCCCAACUCCUUAAAGCUACUGAUGGCUUUUCUUCUACAAAUUUGAUUGGAGUGGGGAGUUUUGGUUCUGUCUAUAAAGGAAUUCUCAAUCAUGGGGAGACUAUUGUUGCGGUAAAGGUCCUUAACAUUAGACAAAGAGGUGCUUCCAAAAGUUUCAUGGUUGAAUGUGAAUCCCUUAGAAACAUUCGGCAUCGUAAUCUUGUAAAAAUCUUAACAUCUUGCUCAAGUAUAGAUUUUGAAGGCAAUGAUUUUAAGGCUUUAGUAUAUGAGUACAUGCCUGGUGGGAAUCUGGAGAGUUGGUUACAUACACAUUCAAAUGGCAUACAAGAUGAACAAAGGUAUUUAAACCUUAUUCAAAGAUUGAAUAUUGCCAUUGAUAUAGCAACGGCAUUGGAUUAUCUUCACCAUCAUUGUCAUAUGCAAAUUAUUCACUGUGAUCUAAAGCCAAGCAAUAUUCUUCUCGAUGGUGACUUGACUGCACAUUUGGGUGAUUUUGGGAUAUCAAAAAUUCUUUCAAAAGCCACAAUCAGAUCUCCAAAUCAUACUAGCUCAAUUGGAAUAAAGGGAUCUAUUGGAUACAUUGCACCAGAGUAUGGUGCGGGUGUUGAUGUUUCAGCGCAUGGUGAUGUCUAUAGUUUUGGGAUUCUCUUAUUAGAGAUGUUCACGGGGAAGCAGCCUACUCAUGAAAUGUUCAAAGAUAACUUUAAUCUUCAUAGCUGGGCUGAUAUGGCUUUGCAUGAUGGAGUGAUAGCUAUCAUUGAUCCCUCACUUCUCCCCAUGGAAGAAGAUGAAGAGGCAGCAACAACUGUAACCAACAUAAUUGAAAGUCGAUCAGGCAUGAAGGAUAGAGUGCAAGAGUGCCUUAAUUCAAUGAUUAGAAUCGGAGUUGCCUGCUCAGUUGAAUCACCGGGGGAUCGAAUGGACAUAAAUGAUGUGGUCAAAGAGCUACAUCGGAUCAGAGAUAUUUAUCGUGGAGUUGGCAUUUAUCAAGGAAGAUGAACUAUAAUAAGGGCUAGGAACAAUUAGGCGAAUUGAAAGCUAGGCAAUGAUAAUUCUAAAGAUCCCCUGGAGGAAAUAUAGAGAUGUCUCCUAUGUUACCACAGAUCAGUAGAAGUGCUAGCCAACUUGGAUGGAGAGCUUGGAGGGGUGCAUUAUCUAUUUACAUGAGUGAUGAGCUAAAAUAAUUUAAGUUUUAAUUGUCA